UUUCUCUUUUCCCUUUUCCCUUCUCUCCCUCCCCCCCCCUCUCUCUCUCUCAAACAUAUGGAAGAAGAAGGGUACUGUAACACAAGACUUGGGCUUGGACUAGGUGGUGAAAACUAUGUGCCAUGGCCACAGAAACAGAAGGAGAAGCCUGUGGUACGUCUAGACCUCUCAUUUACACUCUGGCCUGAUCAAGAAGAUUCCAGGAAUAUAGAUCGUCAUGACAAGGCAGAGGGGACAUGCUUCAAGUCUGAAGAAGAUGAGGAUUAUGGAAAUAAGAGAAGUGAUCAUUCCAUUGAUAAUAGCUGCAUGUAUGGUACUGGUAGAAAGAAACUCAGGCUUACAAAAGACCAAUCAAGCUAUCUUGAGGAGAGCUUUCGAAGGCAUCCCACUCUUAAUCCGGCUAAGAAACAUGCAAUCGCUGAGCAAUUGAAUUUAAAGCCGAGACAAGUUGAAGUCUGGUUCCAGAACAGGAGGGCAAGGACCAAGCUGAAGCAAACAGAGGCAGACUGUGAACUCUUGAAGAAAUGUUGUGAAAGUUUAAGCAAUGAGAACAGGAGAUUGAAGAGAGAAUUGCAAGAAUUAAGGUCACAAAAAACUGGACGGUCGUCGUCGUCGUCGUCAUCGCACUCUCAACUUGCAAAGGAUAUUGGCACAAUCACAAAGUGUCCUUCAUGUGAGGAAAGCACCACAACUGAUCAGAAAAUAUGUAGCCGUUUUUGACAUGGUCCAUAAGAGCUAGCUGGCUGGCUAGCAAGCAAGCAAGCAAUUUUAAUUAAUUGUAAAGCGGCUAUCGAUGAUCAUGGUAGUACAAAAUUAAUGAUUCUAGUAGGUUUAUAGCUGAAAUAUUUCAUCAACACUGCUUUAUGUAAAUCAAUAAUAAUAAUAAUAAUAAUAAUUAUUAUUAUUAUUAUUAGUCAGACUAUAAAAUACUAAAUAAUUUGAAGUGAUGAAUAAUUCAACAGGGGAGGGGAUGCCCCAAGUCUUGUAACGAUUAGGAAAGAGAGCUUGUGGUAGAAAAAAUUAACAAUUUGUUUGU